CACGUACCAAUACGGAGUCGGGCAGAUUGAGUAGAAGGACCAGAUAAUCAUUGGCUGCAACCAUCUGAACAAUAAUCGGGGCCCAACAUCAAUAUUCCUGCAACUCAAGCCUGCAAAGUUAAGCGCAGGCGUGAAGGGGGGCUCAAAGUGCGCCUCAUCCCUUCAUCAAUCAAUUUCACUGACAUCUGGAGCGUCUUGUCUGUACCAUCGCUGCAACACUUUCAAGACUUUUCCGCCCAUUUCCCUUCCCUGCUGCCAACUCCCGCGUGGCGCAUCAGCCAUUUCAGCCGGGAAUAAAAAUAGGAGAGGAUCAGCAACAGCAUCAGCAUCUAAGGGAAAGAAAAAAAACUCAAUUUCGAGCUAACAUCAUCGUACCUGUAAUUACCAUAUCAAGAAAAAAAAAGCUUAAAGCCAUUCGUACACCAUGAGUGCAGCGAUUGCAAUGGCCCCUUCCCCGGCUCCCCACGACAGACCAGCUUAUGCUGAGUUGGCGCCUGCCACCAGCGCUGCAGGUACUUCUUCGACUCUAACUGGAAUUGCCGCAGCGCCGCCUUCACCUUCCGUCCCACGUACUUCGGCUGCAGUUUCGGGCAUUCCGAACACUAAUGCUCCUGCUUCUGCGACGCAACGUCCUACCAGCCGAAGUCCCCCUAGAGCCGCUGCCCAGACCGCGGUAAAGUCUUCUCCCCCGAGCGCUACACGAAAUGCGUCGAGCGCUGCUGGACCCAAAAUCUUUGUAAAAAAAGAGCCAGGAUCUCCCGAUAUACCGGCCGGUCGUCAUCGCCCAAGAAGGCUGGAUCUCUCCAAGAGUCUCACCGGGUCGGGCGCCGCUACGGCACGUCCGGCGCUAGGGAGGGAAGGACUCGGUAUCCAGGAAGUGGGUAUCGCAUGUCUAUCACCCGGCUUCGUCACUCAGGAUCCUGUUAUGAAAGAACACCUACAGCAGAGCAUGAAUGUUAGAGAACAGCAACGCCGUAUUAUCGAAGCUAGACUACAACAGCAAUCGGCGAAGGGGGAUGGUCCGGAUAAUGGCAAGGAAAAGGACCCUAUUAGCCAAUUCGCCGCAAAAACCCCCGGGAUGUCUCGACGAAAUAAAGCCCCUCCGGGGUUAAGUAUUGUAGCACCAUCACAUGAGCAGUUCGCCCACGAGCGGGUGAUCCAAUCCGCGCCAUUGGGUCAGACUUUUACCGGGCGCCAUAACCCGCAGCCCUUAACGAGGCAUCUCGCUAAUCAGCCUUCGAACCUCUCCAGUACGUCUCACAUUCAUCACGUACCUGCGAACCAAACGGCGAAUCGGUUGCCUCCAAUCUCCGAUGUGUUCGGUGGCCAAGGCCUUCCCUCACACGCAGAAUCAAGUGCGCGAGCUUUCUACCCUGGUUCCAGCCACGGACCAUUAGCAUCGCCUGGUCACCCGCCGCCAGGCCCUUCGCAGCCUCCCAUGUCAGGCCGGGGUCGAGAAUACAAGUCGGCCGAGGAAGUACAACACGAACUAGCCGGCGGGCGGCCAGAGCUGCUACCUAAGAUUGUCCACUAUACCGGGCAUCAACCCCCGACACCCCCGUCGCCUAGAAAUGGACUUAACCCCUUAGAUACGGGUCGAAGUACGAGCAGGCGAAGAACCCGCGCCGAAUACGAGGAAGGUAGUAGCCCCCCGCUCGGCCACGGGCCUGCACCCACUCGGAGAGGCCCCUUUGGAGCCGGCCGGGACAGCCCCGAGACCCAGCGACAGAAGCGCGAGGAGUUUUUGAAGAUAUGCGAGAGAGCCUGGGAUUUGUUUCACUCGUGAACCUCCCGCGACGGUCUUACCGGGGCGGAUCGAAUUGACAUUUGCAACUUGAUGACUUAAUGCCACGGCACGAAGUACAUACGGCCCUGUUUCCGUGUAUACAUGCUCCAAUAUGGAUUUUUAGUAAGGGCAAUGUGCAUUUGUCGACGGGCCAUGUGGGAUUUGGGCGGACUAUACCCGCUACUAUGUUACGCAUAUGAUCCUAUAUUCCUAUCGUUAGCCCAUCAUCUGAGGGAUACGGGGUACGGAUUGGGGGAUAUAAUGUCUU